CGGAGGGUGGCUCUGCGCUCGGCGUCCGCCGCGACUCCCCCGCGCGGGGCCCGGCCCGACCCGGACCUGCGGCCCGGGCGGCGCUGGAGGAUGCGGCGGCAGCGGCCCGGGCCAGCGACAGCGGGGAGAGCGGCGCCCGGCAGGUCCGCAGUGGAGCAGCAGGGGCCCGGGAGGGCCUGACGCCUUGGCAGCGAUGGCUGAGAAGCGGCCCCUGGGGACCCUGGGGCCUGUGAUGUAUGGCAAGCUGUCCCGGCUGGAGGCAGACCCGGGGCCCGGGCAUGGCCUGCCCCCCUCUGCCAGCACCCCGGACCCCUGUGGCUACAAGGGUGCCUGCUUCUCCUGCCCCGUGGGGGGGCCUCCCAAGGCGGGCUCCGAGCGGCUGUCGUCCUGGGCCCCGUACCCUCCCUUGUACCCCAGCAGCAUGGCAGGACCCCCACUGCGGGCCGACAACCUGUUGACCAGCUGCCUGCUCUACCGCCCGCCGGGGGAAGGCGCAGAGAAGAUGCCAGAGCCCGGCCCCGUCGAGCUCCUGCCCUUCGGCCCCCAGGCGCCCUCCUACCCAGGCCCCCCACUGGCAGCACCCAAGCCUGUCUACCGCAACCCCCUGUGUUACGGGCUCCCCCCCUGCCUGGGAGAUGGUGAGGCCAAGAGGCCACUGGAUGUUGACUGGACGCUGGUGACGGGGCCCCUGUUGCCCGCAGCUGACCCGGCCUGCCCUCUGGUUCCCGCCGCUGGCAAGGGCCAGUCCCUGGACGGCACUUUCUUGGGUGGGGUGCCAGCGGGCAGCUCCGGCAAGGACUCCUCGGUGAGCUUCUCCCCCUGCCAGGCCUUCCUGGACAAGUAUCGGACCGUCCACAGCCCCGGCUUCCUGACCUCCAAGUACACUGGCCCUUACUCUGAGGACCCCAAGCAAGCAAUGGCCGAAGGGUCCUCCAGCCCUUGGACCCCGCUGGCCCCGCCCCUGGGACCCCCCUGCCGGGAUGCGGUGCCCGCUCACUACCCACUGCCCCACGCCCCGCAGCCUUUGCCUGGCCCUCCAGGCUGUGGCCACCCAGACAAGCAGGCCAGCUACAGCUCUGUGCUCCCGCUGCAGGCUCUGGGAGCCCACAAGGGCGCCGGGUACCAGACUGGAGGCCUGGGCAGCCCCUACCUGAGGCAGCAGGUGGCCCAGACCCCCUACCUGCCCCCAGUGGGACUGGACUCUUACCCCUACCCAUCUGCCCCGCUGCCUGCUCCCUCUCCCGGCCUCAAGCUGGAGCCGCCGCUGGCUCCACGGUGCCCACUGGACUUUGCUCCCCAGACUCUGGGGUUCCCUUACGCCCGGGAUGACCUGUCCCUCUACGGAGCAUCCCCAGGGCUGGCAGGGACCCCACCUUCACAGAACAGCGUGCAGGCCUUGCCACAGCCGGGUGCCUUCCAGCGCACCUGCCAGUCUCUGCCCGCCAGCCAGCAGCCGCCAUGCUCGGAGCCCCUGAGGCCUGCGGAGAAGCCGGCGCGCGAGACCGGAGAGAAGCCGUGGCUGCCCAGCUGCCGGAAGGAGCCUCCGCGGCCCCCCAGGCUCGACGAGCACCCCGGGGCGCCCAUCGUCAUCCGAGACAGCCCGGUUCCCCGCACCCCGCCAGCUCUCCCUCCCUGCGCCCGGGAGCGCCCGGCGCCUCCACAGCAGGGCGCCAGCCCCCCCAGCUCCCCACCCAUGCCGGUCAUCGACAACGUCUUCAGCCUGGCCCCCUACCGGGAGUAUCUGGACGUGCAGGCGCCCGAGGCCACGCCGGCCCCUAAGGACAGCGGAGAGGAAGUCGGCGGGGGGACCCUGCCCGCCCAGGAGGGGCCUGCCGGGACACGCUCGCUCCGGGAGGAGGUGGCGCUGGACUUGAGCGUGAAGAAGCCCGUGGCAGAGGCUGCCCCUCUCACAGACCCUAGUCCCGAGGUGCUGGCCAAGCCCACUGCCACCGUGGACGGGCCAGACGCAGGGGAUGCAGCGUCGGACCCGCCAGGCUUGAAAAAAAUGGCCACAGAGGCGCCGGUGGCCCCCGAGGCCACGCCAAGGACCAAUUUCCACAGCUCUGUGGCCUUCAUGUUCCACAAGUUCAAGAUCCUCCGGCCGGCACCCUUGCCUGCAGCCGUGGCGCCGCCCCCGCCGCCCGCAGUCCCUGCCCCCGCUCAGCCCGUGCCCACGCCCCCGUCUCUGCCCAUCGGACUGCAGAUUCUCACCCAGCCCUUACCCGUGGCCUGCUUCAACCUGGCACUGCCCAGCCCUCCCGCCAUAGCCGUGGCCUCCCCAGCCUCGGCCCCCGCCGCGACCCCGUCGCCGGCCCCUGCGUUGGCCCCGGCCCCCAAGGACUCCUCGGAGCCGCAGUUCAUGGGGCUGCACACGUCCCUGUGUGACACCAUCUCCGCCUCGGUGGCCCACUCACUGCCCGAGAGGCUGCGCGAGUGGCUGGGGUCGGCCGCGCCGUGGGGCCAGGCGGCGUGGCGGGACUUCCAGGGCGUGCAGGGGCUGCUGGGCAAGCUGCAGGCGCAGCUACAGCGGUUCCAGCGCACGCAGCAGUGCCCCUUCCCCUACGUGGUGCGGGCCGGCGCCGUCUUCGUGCCUAUCCACCUGGUGAAGGAGCGGCUCUUCCCACGCCUGCCGCCGGCCUCCGUGGACCACGUGCUGCAGGAGCACCGCGUGGAGCUGCGGCCCACCACGCUGUCAGAGGAGCGCGCGCUGCGGGAGCGCGCCCUGCACGGCUGCCCCUCGCGCAUGCUGAAGCUGCUGGCGCUGCGCCAGCUGCCCGACAUCUACCCGGACCUGCUGGGCCUGCAGUGGCAGGACUGCGUGCGCCGCCAGCUGGGUGACUUUGAGGCUGCAACUAUGUCCCCCUCAGAAGCCACCAUGGCCAGAGUCGAGCCAGAGAGCCUGGCCCUGGAUCAGAAGUCACCAGCCCCCAAGGUCAGGAGGCCGGGGAGGAAGCUGCCGACUCCCAGGCCAGAGAGAGCAGAGACAGUUGGGGGAGGGUCCCGCAGUGGCUCCCCUCCCCCUGCUGCCAGCGCCAGCCCACCCAGCCCCACGUUGAAGACCCGCUUUCGCAGCCUGCUGGAAACCGCCUGGCUCAGUGGCCUGGCACUGCCCACCUGGGGCCACAAGGCCUCAGGACCAGGCCGGCCCUCACCCCACGCACAGCUGCUGGGCGGCCAGAGCCCUCCCGCGUAGCCUCCCUCGGUGGCCGGGGCUCUGGGACUGCUGGCGUCUGGGGGUCGUGUUCUGCCCCUCCCUGCUGGCCGAGAGCCCCUGAGCCCGCACGCAUCACGGCACCUGCCAGUGCUCAGGAAUGCUGUGAGCAGAGACCAGAGAGACCCCAAGGACGUGGAGCCCGAGAGCCCUGGCUGGCUCCUGGCUCCCGUGUCCUUGCUGGGUGACCUGGCGCACACGGCCAUCAAGGUUCUCUGUAAACCAGGCUGAGGUGGCCGACCUCUCAGCGCUGUGGGAGGGAUGCCUGGUUCUGAGGAGAGGAGCCUGCUGCAGGGAGUGAGUGCUCUGGAAAGCCGGGGACGCCGCACAGGGCACACGACACACUGGCUGAGCACCCCAGCCCGCGCUCCCUGGGGGAGCUCCCCACCGCUGCUGCAGGGACCCGGCCUGGGGCUGCACCCUGCCCCGGUAGCCCCGCGCCUUAGCCCAGGCAAGGGGUGCUUCUAGAAGGCAGCCAGCUGCAGGGGUUUGGUGGAGGGGGGUGCACAGUGCUAGGGGGUCUCGGGCAGGGGCCGCCUCCCUGUGAGUGCUGAACUGAGCCCCCCCCAUCCUCCCCUCACCUGAUCUAAAGGUUUGUGAUAAGCUGUGGGGGCUGAGGUCAGCAGCACAUUAAAGCUGUGGGCUGGGAACCAGGGCCUGGCCGUGCCUGGCUCCGGGCCUAGUGUCUCCAUCACCACGACCCUCUGCUCUCCUCCAAGGGGUGCCGGCCCCGGGGCCUGGCCACCAGACUCCCUGCUCCAGGAAAGCCCUCUUGGUGGUGAGAAGUUCUGGCUGCCACGCCCAGCAUCCUGGGGGGUCUUCAGCCGUCCAGUCUGGCCAGGGCUGGUGUGGCAGUGCUGUGUCCCUUGAGCGCCAUCUGUCCACCCAAGUCCAAGAGGAGCUAGAGCGGCAACGGAUUUGCUGUUGUUUCUUCCCCCGGUCCUCCCCGGAUUAGCUGCCGCCCCCCGCCCCAGCCUCCACGGAGGGGCGGCACCCCCACCGCUUCCCCUGCGGAAGCGGCACAUCGCCAACCGGCUCUCUCAGGGGUUCCUCAGAUGUUCCUGCAUGUUGUCUCUCUCCUCCUUUAUACUCCUCUCCCACCAAUCCCAACUCUGCUGGCGUUCUCCCCCGACACGCUGAGCACGCUGCUCUCCUCCAAUCAGGGGCAGGACCAGCUCCUGCAGCUUGUUAGUUGAAUUGGUGAGGCAGCUGUGUGGAAGUUGUUUACUCCCUCUCAGCGCCAUAUGGUGGGAGAUCAGAUGCACAGAGUUAGUCUUAGCAGUUCCAGUAGUUUAGUCUAGUCUCGGUAAUCUCAGUAUUUGUCCUCAGUAUUUAUUUGUCCACAGUCUUAGUACUUAUUUGUCUCCCGGGCAAUGGGCCCUGCCAUGUUACGGGAGACAGGUCCUGCUCCCCACUGGGCCCUGCUCUCCACACCAGGCGACGCUGGUCCUUCGCUUCUAGCCAGUAUCGUGGGCUGCUGAGUGCGUGGAAAGAGGUUUACCGGGGCUCCUGGUCCAAGGCUGUGUCUGGCAGAGCCCUGAGGAGGCGUGGGGCCUCACGUGCCAGGAUGUGGGUUUCUGGUGUCCUCUUAGCCGGGGAUCCGAUUUGUGUCCUGGGGAGGAGGCGACACAGGAAACCCACGUGCACCACUGGUGACCUUUGAGGCUGCUCACGGGACGGUUGUACCUGACGCUGUGACAGGUGGAGUCCUCGGGACUUGGGCUUCCUGGGCACCGGUCUUGCCCGUGGUUAUGGACCAGUGAGGCCCAGGGACGGGCAGGGCCCAGCCCCAAGUGCACUGUGGCCCUGGAGGACCUGUGAUGGGUCGGGGUGGAGGGGAGCUGGGCCUUGCUGGGGAGGUGGCUGAGACGGCUCGUCCUGGGGGACCCCCGGCCCCCAGGCUCUGUUUGGGAGAGACCAGCCCUGGCCUGAGUGGGAGCCCGGGGGGGGAGGGGGGGAUAUGACAGUGUCUCUACCUCCUAGUAGUUGGAGCCCACCCUGUCACUCACCUGGGUCCUGCGGGCCGAGGGGAGGGUGCGUGGGCACUGCCUGUGCUGGGGCCCCUGCCCUGCAGGCUCCUGGGUGGGGUCAGGUGGCGCUUCCCCACAGGAUCAGCUACAAAACCAAUCCUGUCUCAGGCAGAGCCUAGGAUUUUGGGGUUUAGCCAGACUCCUGAGUCGGGUGUUCAGGAACUACACUUUAAAGAUCUUUUACAAAUUCAUUCAAAAGGCAGAGAGCGAAAUCUUCCAUCCCCUGGUUCACUCUCCAAAUGGCUGCAACAGCUGGGGCUGGCCAGGCUGCAGCCAGGAGCCAAGAGCUUCAUCCUGGUCUCCCACGCGGGUGCCGGGACCCAAGCACCUGGGCCGUCCUCUGCUGCUGCCUACCCAGGCGCAUUAGCAGGGAGCUGGACAGGAAGUAGAGCAGCCGGGAGCAGAACUGGUGCUCCCAUAUGUCACGGGCAGCAGCCUAACCCACUGCGCCACAGUGCCAGCCCCACCACGGCCCUCCCUGUAGGUUACAGAUGGAGGAGUGAGACCACGAAUUUGCUCACAGUGACAGAAAGGGCCCAGGUCAAGACAGCCAGAGCCGGACAGGCACGACCGCUCUGCGCUGGGCUCCACUUGGCCCCUGAUGGCCUAACGCAGACCUGCCCCUGCCAGUUAGGUACUGGAUGCCCGGGUGCACGGGGAGGGGACCCGAGUCUGAGCUUAGCUGUGCCCAGCGUGUGUGUGAGGCCAGCCUGUGUGCCUUAGUACUGGGCCUUGCAGCUGGCCUCGUCCUCCACUCCCCGCCCGCCCAUGUGGGAGACCCAGAAGAAGCUCCUGGCUUCAGAUCAGCUCAGUUGCCGAAGACAAGACCUCCCUCUGUAACUAUGCUGCUCAAAUAAAAUUAAUCUUAAAAAAUUAUUUAGUUUAUUUAUUAUUAUUUCUUAUACGGCUGAGUUAGAGGGAGAGACAGACUUCCAUCCAUUGAUUCACUCCCCAAAUGGCUGCAAAAGCCAGGGCUGGGCCAGAUCAAAGCCAGGAGUCGGGAGCUUCUCCCAGGUCUCCCACAUGGGUGCAGGGGCCCGAGCACCUGGGCCAUCUUCUGCUGCUUUCCCAGGCAUGUUAGCAGGGAGCUGGAUCAGAAGUGGAGCAGCUGGGACUAGAGCCAGUGCCCCACGUGGGAUGCCGGGGUCGCGGGUGAUGGGUUAACCCAUUGCACCACGGCGCUGGCCCUUCCCUGUCUCCUGGGGACAGGAGAACCCAGGCUUCUGGACAGGAAGUGCUGCGCCUCUCCCUUGGGAGGGUCUCAGAGGCCUGGCAGCGGCUGCCCUGGAGCCACCAGAUCAAGUCACCUGCUGGCCCCGCAGCCCAGGAGCCAGGCCAGGCUCUUCCUGCUGACGAGGCCUCUGUGGGCUUCCCUCCCCAGCCGCCUGGAGUAGGCCAGAGACGGCCCCUGCUUGGGAGGCCACGAGACUCAACACCUGCCCUGUGCAGGGGGCUGGGGUGGCGCCAUCCAGCCUUCCCCGCCACCUCCUGAGCCUGGACACACCGGGACCCGGCUUGCAGAGCCAUGGCCUUGGCACCCCCAAGCCCAGCAGGCAGCAAGCGUCCCCACCGGAUAUGUCCAGCCCGGUCCCCUGCUCCUGGUGGGCCGCCCCUCCCGGGUAUGGCAGCUUGUAGCUUCAGACCUAGGGUGCUGUCCCGGCUCCUGGUCUCAUGUGCACUUCUGAAGCGCAAAGCCCCUACAGCCUGGUAUCUUCCUGUGCUCCUGGGGCCCGGUGGGAGACCUCCUGCCCCUCCCCCCAUGCCACACACUUGCCUACCACAGCCCCAACGGGUGGCCUUGUUUCUUAUAGCCUUGAGCCUCCCUUUGCUAGGGUCCCUAAGCCUCAUAGCUGGGCACACCCCUGCCCAGGCCAUACCUGAGCCGGCACCCCUGCCUCCAGGGUUCCCCUUAGAGCCUGGGCCCAGCCCAGUCCCCAUCUCCCUAAACCAUCCACCCUGACUGCGGGGGGGG